AUGGCGGCUGGGCUCCAGAGGGGGCAGCAGUUCAGCUUGGUGGAGGCGGAGUCAGCUGGUGAGAUGGAUGUGGCCAAGCUCCAGGUGUAUAAGAAGUUUGUGAUGGAGUGUCCCAGAGGCUCACUCUUCAUGCAUGAGUUUAAGAGCUUUUUCAAAGUCACAGGCAAUAAGGAGGCCAUCCAGUAUGUAGGGGGCAUGUUCCGAGCCUUUGACAAGAACGGGGACAAUACCAUCGACUUCCUGGAGUAUGUGGCAGCCCUGAACCUUGUGCUGAGAGACACUGUGGAGCACAAGCUGUAGUGGACGUCCAGGAUCUAUGACAAGGACCACAAUGGCUGCAUCAAUCACCCGGAGCUACUGGACUUCGUGGAGCCCAUCUAUAGGCUGAAGAAAGCCUGCCAGGUGGAGAUGGAGACUGGGCAACAAGACCAGCUGCUCACGCCUGAGGAGGAGGUGGACAGGAUCUUCCUCCUGGUGGAUGAGAAUAGAGAUGGCCAGCUGUUGCUGAAUAAGUUCCUGGAAGGGGUCUGCAGGGACAAGUGGCUGAUGAAGAUGGACAUCAAUCCCAGGGGAUGGAUAUCUUCAGAGCUCGGCCCUGGUACUGUCAACCGUGUGGUCAACUCCCAAGCCUACCCCCACCACAUCCAGUCUCCCUAA